AUGCCUAAUGCUGUUGAUAUAUCUGUUGGAGAUUAUUUCAAAGUUUCCCGAAAUGAUGGAAAACAAUAUCCCGCUUUGAUUGUGGAAACAAGGCAUGACGAUAAUCGCCAGGUUGAAUACUUUGUUCAUUAUCUGGAUUUUGACCGCCGACUGGAUGAAUGGGUUACAAUUAAUCGUAUUGACUUAUCCACUAAGUUUACGAUUCCUGAAAAUCAGAGUGAGGUCUUACAUGUACCUGGACACGGUGGUGGACGACUCACGCGCCAUCAGAAAAGGCGCUAUGAAGAAUUAAGCGGAAGAUCUAUUGAAUUCAAUCAAAGAGAUAGCGUUACUCAACGUCUUGAGCGCGAACAUCAGGAAUUUACACGCGUUAAAUUCAUUGACACGAUUCAAUUUGGAAAAUACGAGAUUGAUACCUGGUAUUUCUCUCCCUAUCCCGAGGAAUAUAGACGGCUUAAAUUUCUCUGGAUCUGUGAAUACUGUUUAAAGUAUAUGAAAUUCGAAAAUUCCUGGGUACGCCAUGUUAUACAUGAAUGUCGUUGGCGUCACCCUCCGGGAAGGCAAAUCUACGAGAAAAACAAUAUUUCUGUCUUUGAAGUUGAUGCAACUGUACAAAAGGCAAGUGAAUUUUUCGUUACUUUGCUUAGUUGCAUUACUAUUUCACCGUCAUUGCUUUUAUAUUGCCAAAAUCUCUGCCUCUUGGCAAAAUUAUUCUUGGAUCAAAAGACUCUGUACUACAAUGUUGUCCCCUUCCUUUUCUACGUUCUUUGUGAAACCGAUACUGAAGGCUCUCAUCUUGUUGGUUAUUUCUCGAAAGAACGAGCGUCAGCAGAAAAUAACAAUCUUGCCUGUAUACUUACUCUCCCACCCUUCCAACGAAUGGGUUAUGGCAAAUUCCUUAUCACUCUGAGCUAUGAAUUAGCUAAGAUUGAAGGCAUGAUUGGAUCCCCCGAAAAACCUCUCUCAGAUUUGGGUCGACUGAGUUAUAAGAGUUAUUGGGAAGACGUAAUCUUCAAUUAUCUUCUCAAGCAUAACACUGCCACUAUUGAUGAUUUAUGCCAAUCAACUUGCAUCGCUAGAGAGGACAUCAUUUGGACGUUGCAAAACCAUAAUGUGAUCAGGCAUUGGCGUCACGGUCAUCAAAUUGAUUUGAGUCGAUCCGAGCUUACAGAUUACAUGAAUCAACUAAGUGAGAAGGCUAGCAGAAGGCAACAAGGCAAAGUUCUCAAUAACAGGUGUAACUCGCCAAUGAUUAGCACUCUAUUGUAUUUGCUAAUUUUCGGACUCACUUAUAUUGAGUGUUCUAUUUAUGAUAUUGAAGAGGAAUACUAUCCGAUCUACUUAUUUUGGAAAUGUCAAGGUGUACCAAAUUUGCAAUCAAAGAAAGUGGCUUUUAUUGAAAGUGCUUCAAGGACAUAUUACUUAGCACGAGCAGGAGGACGCGCUAAAGCUGACCGAAGUCUUGAUUUGCACGUACCUCCAACCUCCGUAAUCACCAAUAAACAGUAUCUUAAAAUGAUUGAAGAGGUUAUUGUUGAGCCAGAGGGUAAUCUUGGAAGUCAAUUGUUAAUGAGGCUUAAUUGUGACCUCUUCAAUGAUCUGAACUGGGUACAAAAGUAUUUCAAUCAUGAACUAAGUCGAGAUACUAAUGGUGUACGUGCUGUACUAGAUUUAAUCUAUCGAGGCAAAAGAUUCUGUUCAAAGGCGGCUAAUUCUACAGGCAUUUGUGGUACCUACAUUCCAACGGAACUGAGUGACUAUACCAUCUAUAAGGAGCCAUCUGAUGCCACGGAAUUAUCGGAGGACUUUCAUGAGUGGUAUCAGAAGAUUCCCCCUGAAAAGCGCUUACCUCUUUCUCUCUUCACAUACUUCUAUGAGAGGAAGGAAAUCCUUAGCAAUCUCUAUGAGGCUCAGGUGGACGCUUUUAAAAUACCUUUCUGUAUCUGCAAGCCAUUCUACACGUACGACAGAGUCCAAGAGAUUUGCGUAGAGGAGAUCGGCGAUUACGCCUGCGGUGGUGGCAAUCCUUGCAUAAAUGGUGGCGAAUGCCGUAAAGCUUCCGUCUCUGAAGAGGAGGAGGCCGAAGACGAAGAUGGGUUAGUUCAAGUCCUUGAAAAGAAGCUCUUUGUCUGCGAGUGUCUGCCAGCCUUCUAUGGUGAACUCUGUGAAUAUGACUUCGAUCCCUGUGCUUCUGGCAAUGGGGUCAAAGCCUGCCAACCAUUCAAAUGUGUUCGUGUUCCUGAUGACCCGUACAAUGGAUUCAAAUGCCGCUGUCCAACUAGAACUCAUAAGGCUAAGAACCCAACUGAGCCUGUCUGUAUACCACUUGAGGCCUGCAAAAGUGGUGCUCUGAAGAAUGGCCCUUGUAAAGCUGGAGGCCGAUGUGAACAGCUGUCAACUACCGAUCCUCUGGACUACAUGUGUCAUUGUCCUCCAGGUUACAGUGGUAAAAAUUGCGAAAACCCGCCACCUGAACCAUAUUGGGCUAGCUGGAGUGCAUGGGGCAUUUGCAAGUGGCCAAAACCUGCGGAAGCCUGCUUUAAACGAGCUUAUCAGGAGUGUACACGUCAGUGUAUCGUGCAUGCCCCUGGACAAACUUGCCAAGGUCCCAGUCGACGAAUUAGAUAUCGUGUGUGUGACAUUAACUCGGCAAAAACUGAUAACGAAGCUGUAACGCAAUCACUGGAAUUGGAACUUAAGAAAAAUCUCCAGUUAGCCUUUGCCCUAUGUGAAGUCGGCCAAUCACUAUCUAUGGGCAAUCAAACCCUGGAAGAAGAGCAAUUACUACAGCCCAUGGAUGAUAUUGGCUCUUUGGAUGAUUGGGCCAAUGAGGGCCCAGAAGAAGCGACGUAUAUUCUAGUACCAAACGUAUUUCGCCAUCUCAAUCAAACUGCCCUGGAUGCUGUGAAUUUACCAACACUUAAUGACCUUAUUUAUCUCACUGGAUGGAUCUUUGCAUGCAUUCUCGGGGUCACUUUAAUUUACAUCUGGUUCUAUCUUAUUAAAAUGUGGAUUCUCGAGUAUUAUGGAGAACAUAGUGAAUCGGCUGAUUCGGAAAAGAAACUGAACAUUAAAAUCAUCGAUGAUUUUAUGAAAGAAACAUCGGAAAAAAUCAAUUUAAAAUCUGAGCUAUUGCGAGAAAAUAAAGUUGCCAGAAAUAAUUGGCCUGAUGAUAGUUUCUUCUCCAAAAAAGAUUCGACACUAAAAAAGAACACCGCUUUUGUCAAGAAGAUUAGAAACUUUGUCGAAAGUUCAAGGGACUCUCUUCUCAAAGACUUUGAUGGUUUAAAUCUCUCAAAGUAUGUGGCUGAAGUAGCCACAGCAAUCACUGAACCUAAGUUAAAACUGUCCGACAUUCAGUUUAUGCUUCGAUUGUGCUCGCUAAUGUUUCGUCGUUAUUCUGAAUUUGAGAUUCUUUUGUUUGAGGCUUGGAAGAAGGUCUUUGAUAAGAACAGGAAGACUCAAAAUCUCUCCAAACUUCGAAUUGAUAUGGUACUCUUCGCCGAUCUUAUUAUAGUUGGUGUCUUACCCGAAGCAGAGUCUCUCCGUUUAUUUUCGCAGCAACUAACACAGCUUACGAAUGGAGAUAAGGAACAAUUUGCUAAUAUUGGUUUAAUUACAAGCUUCUUAAGAAUUUGUGGCGAUGAUUGGGCUGGUCUUAUUCCCAGGAAAUUCAAGCAAGUUUUAAUUUUGGCCAAAGAGUAUGGAAAGACGGUCCGACGUUCCGACUUCAUAGCAAAUGAACGGAAAGUCAAAUGUCGAGCACUUUUCCACGAGUACUAUGAUGCUGCGUUGGAGCGUCUCAUGGCAAUGGGUCGGGAAGCACGUGGUGUUAUUUUCUCGAAUCGGCGAGCCAUGUUCAACAAGGGUGAAGUCCAUCCUGAUAGACAGGAGAAAGAACAACAAUUACUUACCGUUUGUCGAAAAUUUUACGAGUCUGUUGCCUUGCUUGCUGACGCUGUGGAUAAAGAUCCCCCCACCACAGUUGAGGAGAUGACUGCCUGUCAGGAUUAUGAGAUCGAUGAACUCGAUAAGUCUUCUUUCCAUUCUUCUAGUCCUUUAGUUGAUGCCAUAUCCGAGAUGAUUGCCUUUGGGAAUAUUGCAUUGGUUGUCGCAGCUGAUGAAAAAUCUCAUGUAUGGCGAAAUACUACAAAGGAGGAAGAGAAACAAACUUUUCAUGCCUCAUUGCUUUGCUUCUUUCAGGGAGAUAUUAAAAAUUUCUCUGUAUUCGAGGACGAUGACGCCCGAAUGUUCUAUGAAAACCUGGUUGACCUACGUAAUGCUAUUAAUUGUCAAAUGCUAUUUAAAGACUCUGCGUCAAAAAUAACACAAAUAAUUCAACAACCAAAGAACGAUGGGGAUUCUUCCCAAGCUGAUGCGACAAAUGAGGAAAUUGAGGUUGAGAAAAUUGAAAAUGAAAUAGCGGCGGCUGCUGCAGAAGAAGACGCCAUUGACGAGAAUCUUGUCUGUCCGAAAACUCUCGAAAAUGAGGAGCUAGGAGAGGGUGAAAAUGGACUAAUGACUGCAAUGUCAGACAUCCCAAAUUCUUCCAGUUCUGCUUCUCUCAAUCUUCUGGCAGCUCAGGCCUUGGAUACAUCACUUGUUCUCGAUUCUGCGGAAGAAUUAGCGCCAAAUGCAAAAAUGCUGAUGGACACUUUUCUCAAUCGACUACCCAACUGUAUCAAUCGUGAUCUUAUUGAUAAGGCUGCGUUGGAUUUUAUUUCGACUUUGAAUAAAAAAGGGAAUCGUAGGCGCUUGCUCAAUGCUCUUGUUAGUGUGCCAAGAAAUCGAUCUGACCUCCUGCCCUUUUAUGCUCGUCUUGUGGCAAACAUCCAUCCCGUAAUUCGAGAUAUUGGACAAGAUCUGGUUGAGCUCCUUAAACAGGAGUUCAGAUGGCAUUUACACAAAAAAGACCAGAUGAACAUCGAUUCUAAACUCAAAACCGUCCGAUAUAUUGGUGAAUUGGCAAAAUUCCGCAUCUUUCCAGGAAACGAGGUGUUGAAUUUUAUUUCACGUUUGCUGUCCAAUUUUGUGCACCAUCAAAUAGAUAUGACGUGUGGCCUACUCGAUACCUGUGGUCGUUUUCUCUACCGAUCACCCGAAACACAUAUUCGCACAAAAAUCUACCUUGAUAUAAUGACCCGCAAAAAGUUGGCCAUGCAUAUGGACCAAAGGUACUCUCAAAUGAUUGACGAAGCAAUUUAUACAUGCAACCCAUCUCAAAACCCUUGUAAUUUCGUACGUGAGGAAUUGACUGAUAUGCAACGCUUCGUACGCAGUUUGCUUCAUGGAGAAAUGACUCGAAACAAUUACAAAGCCAUAACGAUUGCUUUGAGGAAAUUGGAUUGGAAAGAUGAGAAGUUAAUUGGAUAUCUGAAAAGACUCUUUACUCAAUGCUGGGAGAUUCGUUACACAUCCCUGGAGUAUCUUUCUAGUAUCCUCUCUUUUCUCAUGGAAUUCCACCCAAAGUUUGGUAUCGAAGUUGCUGAUAAUGUUAUCGAUGACAUUCGGUAUUGCUUGGAGAUGAAUGAUCCGUCUUUGCAUCAAAGACAACGGAGCUUGGCAAGAUUCCUUAGUGGAAUGUACAUGUAUCUCAUCAUUGAUUUGCCGGUACUCUACGGUGUUCUCUACGAUCUCAUUGGCUAUGGCGUCAGUUUCGAUUAUAUGCGUCCUAGUGUGAUUGAUCCCCCGACAUCUGUGAUUCGUAUCAGUAUGGUGCUCAUUAUACUGGAUUCUUGUCACGCAUAUUUCAAAAAAGUGACGAGAAGUAGGAGAGUUAAACGUUUCAUUGCCGAUUUUUUGUAUUACUAUUGGUGGAAGCGAACGCAUCCUAUCUACACUCCUAUCGAAUUGGAACAGAAAAACAAGAAUGGAGCACAAUCAGAAAAUGAGUCGAAAGAAACUGAAAAGUCACCAACAGCAUCUCAUUUAAACUCUGAAAGCUCAAUUGACGACCCAUUGUUACAGGCCUUUAAUGACUUUGAGGGGAUUCCAUUUCCUGACGUUGUGGAACAGCAGUACGAGGAAGGCAUGCGUCGUCUACAUUUAGACCCCUAUGCUUUUUACGGUCUGACUACUGUGGAGGAUUUUGAAAGAGUUAUCUAUGAACAGUGCAGUCAAUCUCCCAAGUCGUUUAAACCCGAUAUGUCAAGAGAUACCUCUGAAUCUAUGGAUAGUAUUCCAGAAGAAGAUGACUCGAUUGUUGAGGAGGAGGACGAUGAGGAUACUGAGGAAGAGCGGGAGACUGAAGAGGGAGAAGAAGAAAUGUACAGUGAUGAAGAUGACGACUCGGCCACAUUAUCAGGAGAUGAAAGUGAUUCUGAAGAUGAUGUUGAGGUGGAUGAAGGUACCAUUAAUGGAGAUGCUGGCUCAUUCCGUUCUGACCUUUCCGAUAGUGAUUCAUCAGUACAAGUUAAUCUGAUCCAUUCUUUCCAAUUUGCUGUCGGUUCUGGCCAAAUAGAGGAAGACGAGAUGGUGCGUUUGGGGCUUCGUCCAAAGUACAUAAAGUGUCCCGAAGAUGAUGAGUUUGUUGAAGAGCUUACUCGACUGACUUCGGAGGCCCUGAUGCCUUCAACCACUACUGGUCCACCUGGUGUGAACCCUGCCGCUGUUGGUGUACCUCUCAGCAAUCCCAAUGCCGCAUCUCUUCCCUCACUAGACUCAAUGGGCAUCAGUGUGGCUGCUGUCAAGAAAAUAACCUCCCGAUCGCCGGCUAUGAGUUCGACUCAAUCCACUACGGAAAACAUUAUUGCUGCUCUGGAGUCGAAUGGUAGUAAUGAGAAUCCGGAUCAGAUUGAUUCGACCAAGGACUUCAAUUCAGACCAGGCUUCUCCUUUAAUUAAUUUUGCUCUGGUAGUUCGUAGGACAGAAAAUGGCAAUGCUUCAAGUCGUCCUUGUAUAGUACCUAUUGCCGUACCUCAGUCAGUACCCUUCGCUUCCAGACUCGCUCAUCUGGAGGCCCAAGAGCAACGGGAGAUGGCUAGAAUCAAAGCCCGCGUCUUGGAAAUGCACAAGGCGCAGAAGGAGGCUGAUGCAACAAGUAAUUCGAGUCCGGAGGCGAGUCUUCAAUUGCCUUCUAAUGUGAAUCGAGAUCGAUGGGUGAGAUAUAACCAUCCAAAGCGUGCACCGGAUGCUGAAGAUGUCUUUGGACCUUCCAGCGGACCUCUCUCCUGUGGUUGUGACCGAACCAACGAUGAUGAUUUGUACUUGUUCUUUCUUGCCUCAACUGUCUAUCAACGCCACCACUACUACCACCAUUAUCUUGUGUGUGCUCUUUUCUCUGUCCCACUUUCUCGUUUCACUUUCAUUUUCUGUCAUCUGUUUUUGUGCACAAGUCGCACACGCGCUCUUUUUAUGUGA